GCUGAACAUAACUGAAAAACAACUCAGAGCCGUUUCACGCGUGUGUCCAACUUGUUUAAGCCAAAUGAGAUAACGCAUUUUUAUUUUUUCUCUCUCGUCAAUUAACCAAAACAUGGAAGCUGUUUGUUUUCGGUGCAGUGAAAUUGAAUGACAUGGAAAGUACUGAAAAAGCAACCAAAAAGGGUAAAAAGCAUCCUCGGGUGCCUAUAAAAACAUACAAGUGGGAAGACGUAUACAGAUCGCGUCGCAAGGGUGGCUAUCCGUGGACUCAUCUCUAUAAAGAACCUUUCGGUGAGGAGUUGUACCCUGAGCAAUACACCAUGGACGCACUGCGUAGAAGCAAAAGUAACUCGACCUUCGACAAAUCGGAACGAUCUGACGGUGUGGAAAUUGAAGAGAUUUUCGACGACGAAAGCAAUUUGAGCACCGCAGGAAGUACAGCGAAACAGUGUAUAGAAGUAACGGAGCCCGACGUUGAUAGUAAGUCUGAUAAACUACUCGAGCCCAAAAGACUGCAGAUAUUCACGAUAGAGUCUGCGGAAAGUUUGGAUAAUAUUAGUCAGUAUUUAGAUAAUGAGCCUGAAAAGGAAAAUGUACCUGUUAAACCUAAAGAACAGCCCUCGACGGCGAGAGCGACAUCUGAAGAACCAAGAAAACGAAAAUUAUCUGGUGAAUCUAGUUACAGUAGACUUAGUCUGCCGAAAUUUGCUGCUUUUAAAAAGUUAACUAAAAGAAAACUUCCUAAAAUCAGUUUUCCUACAUCAAACAUAAAGAGAAGCAAAGCGCCCAAGAAAUCUUCUCCUACACAAGUUAAAAAGGAAACAAAAUUAAGAGCUGUUGAUUAUACGAAUGUAAAAGCUGAAUACAUACACAUACCUCUUAAACCGCCACCUGGCGAACAAGAUGAAUUCUCGUAUUUGGAAUUUGGAGAAAAGAAACCUGACGUUGCUGAAAAACCUAGUCAACCCAGUUUUAAAGAUUUAGUGAAAGCGAUUAAAGCUGUUGAAGAUGCCAAAAAAACCUUAGAAAAAGACGAUGGCGUCGAGGUUAUGGACUUUACAUUACAAGAACCAGAAGAAGAGAAGGCUGAUAAACCGGAAGAAGUUCCUAAAGAAAAAGUACAAGAAGAAAUUAAAAAAGGAGCAGAAGAAGCAGAUAACAAACAGGAAUUGAAGGAAGAAGCAAAAAAAACAUUCCCCAAACUGUUUAAAACAAAGUCCAAAACUAUUUCUUCAGAACCAUAUAAUACUACUAAAACCACUAUCCGAAUACCCUUACACUCUGAACAGUCCAUGGAAAAUGAAAAUGGUAAACAAGAUCAAGAAAAAACUAAACAAACAGAAGCUAUUGCAAUGAAAGAAGCUGAAAAUAAAAAUGUCGAAGAAAUGGAACCAAAAACUAAAACUGAAGAUCUUAAAUUAAAAGAACCAGAAGCGCUAGCUGAAGAACCUCAAAUAAAGGAAGAAUCAAAAAAAUUACUUUCUAAAUUUUUUAAGAAACCUACUGCAAAGAAAGAAUCCAAAAAGAUCUCUUCGGAAGCAUUAAAAUACAAUACUGCUGAAGAUACUAUUCGAAUACCUUUGCAUUCAGAAGAUUCUAUAGACAACAGUUUAGAUACCUCACAUGAUAGUGAAAAAGAGCAAGAAAGUAAGAAAACAAAAGAUACUGAAAAUAAAACAUCAGAAUCCAAAAUAGAAAAAGUCCAAAUAAAAGAACCCGAAACCAAAGACGAAUCAAAGAAAGAAACAAGAACUGAAAAUGUUGAAAUAAAAGAAUUAGAACCAAUAGUAAUAGAACCUCAAAUAAAGGAAGAAAAAAAGACAUUCCCUAUGUUUUUCAAUACACCUAUUUCUAAAAAACAAUCCAAAAAGAUUUCUUCAGAACCAUUAAAAUACAGUACUACUAAAGACACUAUCCGUAUACCUCUGCACUCUGAAGAUUCUAUGGACAAUGGAAUAGAAACUCCAGACAGCGAAGAUAUUAAAAUAGAACCGACACAACAACUGGAAGAAAUUCUAGCAAAGAAAUUAAAGGAAAAAAUAAGCAGUCCAAGCGUGGAUGAAACAGAACCUGAAUCAGAACCCGAGGUAAACAAUGACUUUUUUGAUAAACUUUUUGAAAAACCUCCUCCAGUCCCAGAAACUUCACAAGUCAAAAAAACAAAUGUUCGGGCCAAAUCUGCAGAACCAGAACGAAAAAGGAAGAUGUCCAUGGAAAGUAGCUAUAGCAAAAAGAGCACUUCAAGUACCUUAAAGAAAAAAUUUAAGAAUGUAAAAGAUAAGAUUAAGUUUCCUUCGCUGGGAAACUUGCUGCCAAAAAAAACUCCCAAACCUGAGAAAAAAGAAGAAAAGCUACCGACUAAACAAGAAAAGAAAGAGUUAAAACCAAUGAAGUUUGUAGAACCGGUUUAUAUACACAUUCCUUUAAAACCAGUAGAAGGUGAAGCCGACGAAUAUUCUCAUGUGGAAAGCGAAACAGCUUUAAAAAUAAAGGUAAAUGUAGAUGCAGAAAAACCAGACGAAGAGUCAACUAUGUCAAGCCCAGAUUCUGUUAAAGAAGGUGUACAAUUUAUAUAUUUAACAGCGCCAUCUGAUGACGAAAUUUUGGAUGCGCCAGAUGUCCCAGACACUCCAUCAUCGGACAAAUUUUUCGGUAGCGAUAUAAUAGAAUUAAAAGUACUGGCCAAAGACAUCGUUGAUGAAAUUUCGCCACAAACGAAGCGAAAAGUGUUAGAUCCAGUCAGCGAAGAAAUACCCGAUGAUAAAUCAGACGAAUUCGAUAAAGAGGACGGUUUAAAAAUUUCUGGACCAGAAUGUUCUAAAACAGAGCAGCUAAAAUCAAACUUGAAGCAAGAAGGUUCGCCUUUGCUCAAUAGGAAAAAGGUUUCAUUCAAGAGGAAGUCGAAGGAAUCCAAGGACGAUGACUAUGAAGAAGUAUUACCCAGUGAUGAUAGUUUACGAAAAUCUACGCAAAGCUUGACGCUUCCAGAACAGGAGCACGAGAAAGAUGAAAAGAUUAAGGAGGAUCUUUUCCCAGAAAGCGCACCUAAAUGGUCUGAAAUAAGAAUCGGGCCGAGUGCAUACAAAUCAAGGACUAGGCGGCAUAGCGACGAUGCAACUGAAAAAAGAUCCCUUUCGGAGGGCGCCAAAAGAAACGAAAAGCUUCGAAAUGUCUCGCGUCAAGCCUCCAAGGGAUCUUCUGUUAUGUCAUUAGAUGUUAGAUGCGCUUGUCAAUAUUACAAAUGUGACUCACUACUGCCAGACAGAAUUAGUCUUAAGGGUGCCAGGCCACCAAUUAUUCGUAUCAGCAACGCAACUGCUGGCUGCGAUCAUGAAUAUGAACCGGUUAACCCACCCCCGGAAGAAACAAAAGCACCUCAACCCCAACCGCAACCACAACAUCAACAACCCGUACCACCUCAAGACAACAUAAUAAUAUUGGACACGCGCGAAGAAGUAGCAGUGAUUCCAAUUGUUGAUCCUGUGUCGCCACCGACUACUAUAGAAAAACAUGUUACGGUCACAACGCAUGAAACGCCUCUGCCCUCUUCGUACAUCUCGUCUUCCCAAUCUUCUAGAGCAAGAAGUGAAGAUUUGGAAGACUUAGAUUGCGCGCCAAAAGAAAGCAAGUUUAAAAAUGCCAUGAAGAUCAAAGCGGAUCAAUUCAAAACCAAGCUGCAGAGCAUUAAAAAACCCAACAUACAUUUACCUAACAGACCAAAAUUCCACAAACCCAACAUGGAAAAGUUCAAGCUAAAUUUGCCGAACUUUCCCAAGAUUCCAGAUACUAUAAAAAUCAACUUGCCGCACCGAAGCACCACGAAAAUAAUAAAAGAACGACAAGAAUCGACGGAAUCCAACGUAGGUGAUUCUAAGAAACACACUUUCGACUUUAAAACGUAUCCAAGAUUCUUCAAAAGAAAAUCAAAAGACGAAGGCAUCAGUUCUUCUCAGGUUACGUCAAGUGCUGGAAGAAGCAAGUCCAUUGAGAGAUCCGUUCUUCCCUCAGGUUACGAAGGUUCGGGAGAGUCAGAAGCCAAGAAAACGUUUGACUUCAGCACAUUCCCCAGACUCUUCAAGAAAACCGCGCCAAAACAGGACUCUCAAAAGCUCUCUUCCUCUGACUCGCCAUCAGAACAGCCGAUGAGAAGCAGAUCGUAUGACCGAGAGAUCAUCCGAGUACCUUUGCACUCCGAAGAUUCCACAGAAAAUGGAUACAACCAAGAAAAACCGGAAUACCACAUAGAAGAAGAAGAUAAUAAUUCGCCAUCUCUUAUCAGAUACAACGAAGAUAUCGAUAUUGAGGAUGACUAUAAUAGAGAGAACGUUGAAGUACCCGAUGAUUUCACAAACAGGUGGAGUCACGGGCGGUUUAUUACCAAGGUGACGGAUUUGGAUUCCCCGGAAAGCCAGAAUCCACACGAGUCUUUCGACAUGAGCCACAACACUGAUCCACAUUCUUCUCAAAGCUCCAUCGAUGUAAGAAGACGCGGAGUUUUAGAAGAAAUCAAUUCUGAUGAGUUUUUCCUGCGACAAAAAGGAAUAUCCCAAGAUAACAUAGAAGUAGGAAAGUAUUUAAGUUCUGAGAUUAAAGAGGCCUUUAAAGUUCCUAAAAAUAGUUUAUCCGAUAUGCAAAGAGAAAACUAUGAAAGUUACGAUUUGGGCUCCAAUCAGUCAUUGCCUGAGGUUCAAGUAAAAAAGAAACCAGCCAGAAAGCCAAGGAGAAAGAAGACACCACACGCUUCAGAAGAACAAAUAAAAUAUCACGAAUAUGAUUUAGACAUUGAAAACCAAGAACAACCGACCAGACCCAAACGUACUAGUAGUAAAUCAAAAAACAUUGACGUCUUAAAUGAAACAGAUAUUAGAGAAAUUAUGCAACGAUAUGCUAGCGAUUCCUUUGACAGGCCAUAUUACGAGAAUGACAAAAUGAGAAACAUUAAUCAGCCAGAUAUUUAUCUUGACCGUGGCUCCGAUGAUUUUAAUAUAAACUACGCUUCAGGUUUUGACGGGCAACCACAACCACCACCUAGGAAGCAUAGAAGCAUGAAGAGUUUGAAUAUGUCCGAACAUGAGUCUAUUAUGGGAGAUUUUGAAGACAAACACGCUGGACCUUAUCAAGGUUCCUACGCUGACGAAGGUUAUGAUGACGACAGCCGAUUUAUACGAAAAUACCUCGAAGCUUCCGAAGAAAUGCCACCGGUUAGGCCGAAGCGUCGUUCAAACAGCCGAAGCAAAAGUUCGCAGAACCGCAGCACUUCAGAAAUUCAAAGUAUACCCGAUAUUCAAUCAGAACAGCCUGUUGAAGAAGUUAUACAAGAACCUUGUGUAAAAGUACUGGGAGAUUAUAUGGGUUAUUCCAUAGUGGACAAGUCUAAAAGAAGAGAUCCACCAUUACCUCCACCUCGAACGCCACCCAGAAGACGAAGAUCUUUAAAAUCUACAUCUUCUGAAAGAUUCUCGACCGUCCCAAGGUCAUCUCACGAUGGACCACCUACAAGACCUUUGAGAAACUAUAGUACUUUGGGCCAUAUAAGAUCCUCCCGUAAAAGCUCUCUUAAGGAUAAUAAUGAAAAGGAAAAUAUCGACAUGUCGCAAUAUAUCGAAGUCGAGGACGAAUAUGCUGCUAAGAGUCUAGUAUCUGGAGAAGUCAUUCAAAAGAUGCGAGAUAGACCUUUACCUGCACCUCCACGACCUCCUAGAUCCAAGACCCACAAAUCCAAACCAUUCAAAGACAUUACAUCUCAACAAAAUUUAGCAGAGCAUAUUAAUGAGGAAGAAAAAGAAAUAUCAACCCAGACUGAUCCAGUUCCCGACGAUUUUGAAUGCGAAGAAGUUAGGCAACCAGAGGUCGAUGAAGAAGUAUGUAUUGUGAAUGAAGAACCAAAAUUAAAUGUCGCUGUUGAAAAGCCAAGGGAAAUAAUUCGUGAACGGGUAUUAAUAUUACCAGGUCAUUAUUCUUUCGAAGAAACCGUCACGCAUGGUUCCUUGGUUGUUGAACCUUUAAAUGGGGCUAAGAUUAUUGACGAUUCAGAACUUACCAAACAAGAAAGAAUAAUUCCUGUUACCCAAGAAGAAGAUGAUUCCAAAGUGCCUGACGAAUUUUACUUACUUAAAGAUCCUGAGCCAGCACCGUCAAGAAAAAAGCGUGAGGCUCCAAGAUUCGAACACAUUGAUGAACUGGAUGUCGGUAGAUUAAGGGUGCAUGAAUUGAUGGCUGAUAAGCUAUCUGUUUCUGAAAUUGAUGCAGAGAAUAUUCAAGUAAAUCAGUUAAAUGCCAAAUCGGGGACCAUAGAAAUUCCACAAGGUGUAAUUGAGGAGAUGAUAAAAAAGGCAAGAAGCGAGGAGGUUAAAUAUGAAACAAUUCCUGAAAAAAAAGAAGACGAUAGUUUGGACAAAAAAAAACGAAGAUGUAGCCCAGAAAAUGUAUACUUAGAAAUCGAAGAAAGCAUAGAUCAUUCCAUAUCAACCCAUUAUUAUGAAGAACCUGUACCUCCAACACCUCCACCGAGAACGAUAGAGGACGUACCACUAAACCUUGAUCAUCUUGAAUCAGAAAUAGUACCCUCGACUUCACCUCCCAGAGAAACCCAGGAAGUAUCUUUAGAGCUAGAAUCAGAAAAUAAUGAACCUCCUUUCCCCUUACCAAAAGCAAUGGAGGAAGCACCUGUAAAACCUCCAAGACGAUUAGAAGAAAUAAAUUUUAAUCAGGAACCAGAUAAACCUGAACCCCCAACUCCUCCACCCAGAGCCAUGGAAGAAAUACCUCUAAGACCUCCCAGACUAUACAAAACUACCGAUAAUUCCGACGCAGGUACAAUAGCGGAACCGGAAGUCGACGAUCAACCCCCUCCACGACCUCCUCAACCAAUAACAGGCUACAUACCUUCGCAGCCGCCUGCCAGCUUCUACGCCCUGCGAGCCCAAAAAUACGUGGACUCCCAAAUGGAAGGCAUUCCGUCAGCACCGAGGAGAAGGCGUCACCAGAGACGCGUGUCAAGGUCCACGUCGGAGGAGUCUUUGCCGGUGCACCCGUCUCGUAAACAUUUGCGAUCGCCCGAGCCCUCGAUACCCCAGCUGACUGGUCAGCUGAUACAGGCGUGCGGUUCCGCUGGCAACAGCGCUCUUAAAAGACUGAUAGCCCACAUUAGGGAGAAUGUUAUGCGGAAUCAGGACGGCCAGCAGGACAUGCACGUUAUCGUGAUCAUCUUGCUAGUUCUGAUAGCGGGACUUUUGCUGCUAGGCAUCGGCGACGACAAGACUGUGGUUCAUUUGCACCAUUGGGAAUACUUCAAUCCUCCGAAAGACAUGUAAUUGUUUUGUGUAUUCCAUUAUUUAGGAUUGUGUGUUAUUUAAUUAUACUUAAUAUCUCUCAUUUUCUGAUUAUUUUGUUAAUUAAUUUAUAUAAUAGUAGCAUUUGCUUAAUUUGUUAAGUUUCAUAUAAAUUUGCUGUUUAAUUCUAGAUCACGUCAAAUGUAUAAAAAUUGUUAUGUUUUUAUAUUUAAUUUAAAAAUUAGGUACCUACCAAUAAAGUUAU